AGAUUUCAACAUAAGAAAUAAUUUAAAUUAUAUACAUUCUAGGUCAACCUACAUUUUCUGAAGCAGAUCUUGCGAGGAGUCUUUUACUUACAAUAAGUAAUGAUAUUGGACAAAUAGCUAGUUUGUAUGCAACUGUACAUAAAAUGGAUAGAGUUUAUUUUGGUGGUUACUUUUUACGUAAUCAUCCUUUGUCAAUGCAUACCAUUUCAUAUUCCAUCAAAUAUUGGUCAAAUGGCAAAGUAAAACCUCUAUUUCUUCGUCACGAGGGCUAUCUUGGUGCGAUCGGAGCAUUUUUAUAUGGUGCUGAACAGUCCAACGAAUAUAGUUGGUUAGAAAACUAUGCAGGAUCAUCAGGUUUCAAAGAUUCGAUAUCCACUAAUCUCGGAAUUAAAGUUGCUCAGUUGGAAAUUGAUCAGGCUGAAAAUGCUGUUACAUUUUGUCCUCUUUUAAAAGAUCCUGCAUCUUACAAUCCUGAUACAACAGACCUUGCUCAAGAUAAAGAAGCUAGAGAUUACUGGCUGCAGUGUUUCGAAGAAUCUGUAGAUAAAUUUGUAGCAAGAGCUAUACACAGUCAGCCUUCUGAAAAAUAUAACUUCUUCUGGCAGUCAAAAUGUUAAAGAAAACGUGUGGUC